ACACGCGCCGCACGCUCUCCACCGUCGAUCCUUCGUGCAAAGACCCGAAGGUUGGCACGGGGUCGUCGUUGUUGUCCGCCGGCGUUCUCCUUCGUCCUCACUUUGAGGGAGGAUGCGAGUCACCUGCCGACUGGGAAAGAAGGAUCGUUAGAUCUCGUGCGCGACGUGCCUUACCCGCUCCCGCUUGCCUGAUGAACUUUUCUUUCAUCUUCGUUCCGUGACAUAUCCGGGUAUAUAUGAGAGUUAUGCCAGCUGUUUGAUAGAACGUGAUCGACUCGGAGGAAAGGAAGUUACAAUUAGGGUGCAUUCAAGACUGCUAGUAAAUCAGGAGGCCGUGGAUGCAGCCGGGAGUCGGCAGUGGCAGGGGCCCUUCGGGCGGGACAGGUGACGAUGAGGCCCCAAAAGACCCGGGCGCGCGGAUCACCCAUCAGUCUUACACGGAAAAAGAUUAUGAAGGUCACAGGGCGCACACGGUAUAUGUGGGCGUGCAUUUACCAGGGGAAAGGAGACACCGCCGGCACCAUAAGCAUCACCAUUCACAACGGCAGCCGUACCCCUGUGGUAAGGAGGAUGUCGACAACGAUAGACCAAUCACUCCACCAGCCCAGAGAGUGCAGUUUAUCCUUGGCGAGGAAGUCGGUGACGAUGCACACGAAUCGCAUCCGUUGUUCUCGGAAAUGGAGGAGCUCAUCAAAGAUGGCGAUGAAAUGGAAUGGAAGGAAACAGCGAGAUGGAUCAAGUUCGAGGAAGAUGUCGAAGAAGGCGGUAAUAGAUGGAGCAAACCUCAUGUUGCCACUUUAUCACUGCACUCACUCUUUGAGUUAAGGAGCCUGCUUUUAAACGGGACCGUCAUGCUCGAUAUGGAAGCAGGCAGCUUAGAACAAAUAGCUGAUCUUGUUCUCGAUAACAUGAUUAAUAAAGGAGUACUGUCGGUCGAAUUGCGAGAGAAGGUGAGAGAAGCCCUUCUCGUCCGACAUCGGCAUCAACAUGAAAGACGUAAAGACAAUAACAUGUCGAAGUUACCGAUCAUAAGAUCGUUAGCUGAGAUAGGACGCAACCAUUCCUCCUCAAAGAACGAAUUUGGCAUACCCCACGUGGUGGGAUUCACGACGUGGUUCGCGAUGUGUCCGCUAAAAGUGGAGGAAUCGAAUUCCGCUCCGGCGAUCGCCGGCGCAACAAGUCAGGGCAGUGGAGCCGCGCUGAAUGCUGGUAGCCGCUUCCUUGCGAUACCCGGCAAUCCCGGCCAAGAACCAGGCAGCAACGGCAUGGAUCGGAGUCCCAGCAGCGUGUCUAUCAGCAGAAAUCACAGCUCCUCCGCUUUAGAGAACGGAGACGCUAAUCACAAGGGUAAUACGCACUUUAUGAGGAAGAUACCAGCCGGCGCUGAGGCAAGCAACAUACUCGUAGGUGAAGUCGAUUUUCUUGACAAGACUUUAUCCGCAUUCAUCCGGUUGAGCCAAGCCGGAAUAAUGGGGGACCUGACAGAAGUUCCUGUUCCGACAAGAUUCAUUUUUGUCCUCUUGGGACCCAUGGGUGGGAUCUCGGGUUUCCACGAGAUUGGUCGAGCUAUGGCGACCUUGAUGUCCGACGAAGUCUUCCACGACGUGGCUUACAAGGCAAAAAAUAGAAAUCAUCUCUUAGCUGGUAUUGACGAGUUCCUAGAUGCCGUGACGGUAUUACCACCCGGUGAGUGGGAUCCAGCAAUCAGAAUAGAACCGCCAGCCGCUAUACCGUCGCAGGAAGUCAGAAAGAGACCCAAAGAGGAAAAGCCUAAGGAAGAGUUCGACGAGGAAGCCGAUGAACAAAAGCUAAGGGAGGAAUCCGGCCUUUCGAGAACCGGUAGACUGUUCGGCGGUCUGAUUAACGACGUUAAAAGAAAAGGUCCAUUUUACUUUUUCGAUUUCAAGGAUGCCCUUGCACUUCAAUGCGUCGCGUCUUUUAUUUUCUUGUAUUUCGCCUGCUUGUCACCCAUCAUUACUUUCGGUGGCCUCCUCAGCGAGGCUACCGGAAAAAACAUGGCUGCUAUGGAAUCGCUGGUUUCCGGUUUCGUCUGCGGCAUUGGAUAUGGGUUCUUCUCUGGUCAGCCAUUGACUAUACUUGGUUCCACUGGCCCAGUUCUAGUUUUUGAGACGAUUGUCUACGAAUUCUGCAAAAAGGUCGACUGGACUUACAUGUCUUUCCGUUUCUGGAUCGGUACAUGGAUUUCCGUAAUUUUGAUGAUUCUCGUGGCUCUUGACGCAAGUGCUUGCGUUUGUUAUAUUACUCGAUUUACGGAGGAAAAUUUUGCUACCCUCAUCGCCUUCAUUUUUAUCUAUAAGGCAAUCGAAAACGUGCUUUCAAUCGGCAAAAAAUAUCCCUUAAAUCCUUAUCCUGACGAAACAUUGGAUUACGAUUGCUGGUGCAAACCACCGAAUACCAGUCUGCCAUCCAGUUAUAACAGUAUGAAUUGGACGAUGUUAGAUAAAACGGCUUGCGAGAAUUACAAUGGCACUAUGAUAGGUGAUGGCUGCAACAUACCACAUUAUGUACCCGACGUGUUCCUUAUGUCAAUUAUCUUAUUCAUGGGCACGUUCUUACUAUCAAUAGAGCUCAAGGAUUUCAAGAACGCUUUAUUCUUUCCCUCAAAGGUGAGGCAAGUGGUGAGCGAUUUUGCAGUAAUAAUAGCGAUAUUCUCUAUGAGCACAUUGGAUCAUUUCGUGGGCAUUCCAACACCGAAAUUGGAGGUGCCAGCGGAGUUCAAACCAACAUUGGAAGGACGAGGAUGGAUAAUCUGGCCUUUUCAAGGGAAUCCGUGGUGGAGUGCUAUCGGGGCAUUUCUCCCUGCUUUGUUGGGUACUAUAUUGAUCUUUAUGGAUCAGCAAAUCACGGCCGUUAUUGUUAAUAGAAAAGAGAACAAAUUAAAGAAAGGAUGCGGGUACCAUCUGGAUCUUUUUGUCCUGUCGAUCUUGAUCGAGAUAUGCUCGGUAAUGGGACUUCCGUGGUUUGUCGCAGCGACAGUCCUCUCCAUAAACCACGUGAACUCAUUGAAAUUGGAAUCUGAGUGCGCCGCGCCGGGCGAGAAGCCGCAGUUUUUAGGUGUCCGUGAACAAAGAGUUACUCACAUACUGAUUUUCCUGAUGAUCGGGUGCUCGGUGCUCCUAACACCGAUGUUAAGAAACAUACCGAUGCCGGUGCUGUUCGGUGUCUUCCUGUACAUGGGUGUCGCGUCGCUAAAAGGUCUUCAAUUCUUCGAUAGGAUUCUGAUAAUGUUGAUGCCUGUUAAGUAUCAGCCAGACUACAUGUUCCUUCGCCAGGUUCCGUUGAAACGUGUACAUAUGUUCACUGCGAUUCAACUUGCUUGCCUCGCCUGUCUGUGGAUCAUAAAGUCCUUCAGUCAUACUUCUAUUUUGUUUCCUUUAAUGCUCGUGGUAAUGAUUGGCAUACGCAAAUCCCUGGAUUUGAUGUUUACGCAACGCGAGCUGAAAAUCCUCGACGACAUAAUGCCGGAAACAACCAAGAAACAUGCCGACGAUCUUCGUAAGCUGGAGAACGGCGAGGAUCACAACGAAACGAUGGGAUAUGGACCUCCUGCAGGGAACAUUCAGAUCUCUUUAGCUAAUGGGAACAUCAUGAAGAUUCCUUUAACGAGUAUCAAUAUCAGCGAGGAGGUGAACAAAACUGGUAUCUGGCAACAAGUCAAUGAAGGCAACGAAAAAACGAAACAGUCAAAAUCACUAAUCAAUGUGGGAAAGCAAAAGAAGCAUCCAAAGAAGGACAACUCGUUGCUGACCGACGAGACAACGAGGCUGACGACAAUGACUGAAGAAGACGAAGAUGACAGUGGAAUCUCGAUCAAGGUAGAUUUAAUACGAUCCAAGGAAAGCAUCAGUCCUUUAAAAGCAAAUGGUACUACUUCAGCCGAAACUUCCGUUUAACAAGAGGACAGCAAAAACAAACAUAUGCUAACGCAACGUACAAGUUUCUUUAUUCGAUCGUUUCAAAACUUUCAUCUUUAGAGUUUUUACUCUGCAAUCUCCUAUCUUAUAAAUUACCAUUUAACUGGCAUAACAUGUAUAAGAUAAGAGUCAUAGAUCAUGCCAUUUAAUUCCCUGAGAACUUGUACCUUUCUACAAAAAUGUUUCCUGUCAUUUAUCUAUUACUUUUAAUUGUAUUAUAUUUGUAUCAUAUUUAGCGAACAAUGCGCGUCGCUCUUCGCGAGUACACUGCAAUUUGUACACAACUGUAAAUGAGAUCCGUCAUUCAUAGUCUCAACAUGUUUGUACAUAAAAACAAUUCAACAAGAUUCGCCAAUAGUAUCCAAUAAAUUCAAUUGUGAUUUUACGAAAGUUUAUUUCUCAUCCCCACUACCAUAAGGUAGUCGUAUGUAUUAUUACAAAACAGUCUAUUUUUGUUUAAUUAUUUAUGUAACAACCGAUUCCGCUUUAUUAAUAUUACAUGUGAAUUGCAAGGAUACGUGAAAGAAAACGAAAAAUGAGAAAAAAAAGGAAAGAAAAAAUGAAAGAAAAAAUGAAAGAAAAAAGU